AAAGAGUCACUUGACUUUAAUAUUUCUCUUUUUGUUUCUUUCUCCUUUUCUCUUUAUUUUUAUUUUUAUUUUUUCCUUCUUUGCGAUUCUCUGAGAGUAUGCCUGAAUGUCAAGAGAAAGGGAGAGAUUUGAAGAGAUAGGGAAGAAGAUCAAAAGAGAAGCAGAUGCUUGGCCUCAUCAGAUGGCAGGAAUUAGAAGACCAAUGUCGGGUCCUCCUGGAACUCUCAACACCAUUACGCCUUGUGCUGCCUGCAAGCUUUUGCGCCGUAGAUGUGCUCAAGAAUGUCCCUUUUCACCAUAUUUUUCCCCACAUGAGCCUCAUAAGUUCGCAUCCGUCCACAAAGUCUUUGGAGCUAGCAACGUUUCCAAGAUGCUAAUGGAAGUACCUGAGAGCCAGAGAGCAGACGCUGCAAAUAGCCUUGUGUAUGAAGCAAACGUGAGGCUAAGAGAUCCGGUGUACGGAUGCAUGGGAGCAAUCUCAGCUCUACAACAACAAGUCCAAGCUUUACAAGCCGAGCUCACGGCCGUAAGAUCCGAGAUUCUUAAGUACAAGCAACGAGAAGCUGUCGCCACUUUGAUCGUACCUUCCAACUCCCAAGUCGCCGGAUUUCACAACUCCGGUGGCGUCUCCGUCAUUGCACCACCACCUCAAAGACCAUCAACUCCACCACAACCUACGACGGCUCAUCCUCCUCCAUCUUCUUGUGUUUUCUCUCAACCAACCACAAGAGCCUUAGAAUACGGCGACAUUGAAAGUGAGAACAACUCUUACUUCGGUUAAAUUUUAUUUGUAUCAUUCUACAAACACAUACAAAUACAUAUAAUUUAUUUCG